AUGGCAAUGAUUGGGGCGUGCCACAGUCCUGAUGCACAUGAAAAGGCAGCCUUCAAGCUUCGCUAUGACGCAGUCGAGCAUUAUGUUUUCAGCAAUUUAGACUCCUUCCGCGGACGUGUUAUCCAGGGAACGGUGCUCCGCGAUCUUGUGCAAGCCCUCCAAGCCACGUAUCUUGUCUUGAUAUACCAAAGCUGGGAUGGAUCGCAAAUAGCCCGAACAGAUGUAAGGAGGAAGCGAUUCGCGCAGAUGGUCGAGUCUGUCCAUUCUCUUGACGUCGGCAGUGCUGCACAUAACGACUAUCGACAGGUCGAACUUCAUGACUUUGACUGGUUGACAUUUGUGGGAAUGGACGAGAUGAUACGCCUACUGACCUGGUGCUUUCUCGUGGAUAGCGCUUUCAGCAUCUUUUUCAACAUUGCCCCUCGGUUCAUCUUGCGUGAGCUCCAGAUGGGACUCUCAUCGCCCGAGACGUGUUUUGGUGCUUCUUCACCAGAAGAAUGCCUGCUAGAGCUACAGAAGUGGCAGUGUCAGGCCGGCACUGAGUACACACUGUAUGAAAUCGUCAAGGAUGCCUUGUCUCCGACUCUGGAUUUGCAAGGUCAGAUCAGGAUGGCCUGUCAGAGUACAAUCACCAUGUUUGCCAUCAUCAGUGCCCUCCACGUCUUGAUCUUCAACUCAGACCCUAGCAUUGGCCAAACCUCGCAGUACGUGCCGAUCUACAAUGGCUUGAGCAAUUGGCAAGCUGUCUGGAACCGACGGAAGAUCAUAUUGCAAUGCAGCCCUCGAGAACUCGGCCAUCCAGGAUUCUGGCAGCACUGUCCUGACUACUGGUUACUGGCAAAGCUGCUCAUUCAACAAAUCACACAGUUUGCUAGCCAGUGUCAACCACGGGCAAAGCCUUUACGUCCAUGCUACGACGAAGAAAGUCAACGACGGCUUCAUGGGUUCAUCUGCCACUAUGAGUCCAGUCAAGCAUGUGGUGCCUUUUGA